GGCAUUUGCUGCAAAAUAUUCAUGUGUUAAGUGGUUAUGUUUGUGUUGAUGUAUGGUAAAAUUUGUAAAAUGCCAUCUUGUACAGUGAAGUUUUGUAAAAAUCAUAACAAAAACACAAGAAACAGCAAUGUGCAUUAUCACAGAUUCCCACAAGAUUCUGUGUUACGUGAAAUAUGGAGAAAAGCUUGUGGAGUUGAAGAACUUAAACUAGAAAAUGCUCGUAUUUGCUCAGAUCAAUUUAAUAAUAGUUGCUAUGAAGAAAAAUCUCCUAAUAGAAGUAUUCAUUCUAGAGUUCGUCUUUUUCCCAAACUAAAAAAGACUGCUGUCCCAAUGAAAAAUAUACAACAGAAUGAAAUAGUUUUUCAAAGUCAAAGACAACAAAAUGUCUUAAGGAAUAAAAAUUAUAAACUACUGAAUAUGAUGAACCUCUUCCACUCCAAAGUAGUUCAACAUAUCAGCUGGCACCAGCUGAAUGUUUACAUGUACCAGAGGAAUCGAAUAUACUAUUUACUAGCAUUGAAGAUCAAAGCCAAUUAAAUUCAUCACAUCACCUAGAUAGUAGUUUAGCAACAGAAAACUUAUAUUUGAAGAUUGAAAAUGGUAAAUUGAAGACAAAAUCUAAUCAUUAUGAUAGUAUUAUGGAAGAUUUAAAAAAUGAAAAUCAGUAUUUAAAAAAUGAGACUAAGUCUUUAAAAAAUGAUGUGUUAAAGCUGUCUAAAAAACUUCAUCUGCAAGAAAAAGAAAAUCAAAAGAAAGUGAAAGAAAAAGUGUAUGACUUGUUAAGACCAGUUUUUACAAUUGGACAGAUACACAAACUCAUGAGUCCCAACAAGAAAAGAAUCAAAUGGAGUGAAGAAGACAUACCAUUUGCUAUUGCACUUAGGAGCGUAUCACCAAAAGGUUACAGGUACUUAAAAAAAAGAAAUCAUCCUUUACCUCCCUUAUCUACGUUGAGGAAACAAGCAGCUGCGGUGGAUCUGAAUCCUGGGAAACUAAAAUCAAUUUUAAAUACAAUGUGUGCUAACAGUCUUAUUGACAGACUGUGUGUGCUAUGUUUUGAUGAAGUUUAUAUCUCGCAAAAAGUAGAAGUCGACCGUAAAGAAGAAAAAAAAGUUGGGCCUCACAAGCGAGUCCAAGUUGGGAUGGUUAGAGGUCUUUUUGCUAAAUGGAAACAACCUAUUUAUUAUAACUACGAUACCCCUCUUACUGCGGAAAUUGUAAAUGAUACAAUAGAUCAACUUUAUGCUGCUAUUUACAUAGUAGUAGCACAAGUAACAGAUAUUGGAUCAACAAAUACUUCUGUUUGGAGUUCACUUAACGUAGGCACAGGCGAAAAUGAAAAUUGUUUUUUCCUACACCCACAAGAUCCAAAUCUCAAAGUUUUCGUCUUUGCUGACACACCGCAUUUAAUUAAAUUAAUACAAAACAACUUUAUUGAUUCUGGAUUUAAUUUGAAUGGAGUACAAUUAAAUAAAGACUGCGUUAAAGAAAUUUCAUUAUUAAAUGAACAAGAAAGCAAAGACUCUGCACGAGAUCUAAGAAUUCCACACAAGCUUACAUGGAUACAUUUAGAUUGCUCUGGUUCGGAACGCCAAAAAGCUUCGUUGGCCAAUCAACUUUUCUCACACACAACAUAUGAUUGUCGAGGAGCAUCAAAUUGAUAGUUCGGAUGUUGAUACCAUAACAUCUGGCAAUUUACCUAUGGAAGAACCAAUGGAGUUUUCAAGUGAAUUUUCAGACUCCAUUGUUAUAGAGGAAAUUAAUGGCUUUGACAAAGAAAAAUUGGGCUUUUGUCUGUAGCUGGAAACUAGUAAGAACAAUUUAACACCUAGAGAAAUGGUUAUGUAUCAGGUUCAUUGGAAUUAAUAGCCAAAAUAUCAAAAUUGAAAAACAGUCUAAAGAAUAACAAACAAUAACAAACAUUUGAGAAAGUUUAAAUAAUGUAAAGUUCAAAUAAUGUAACGAAAGAAGUUAUUUACUCACAGUUAAGAAAUAUUCAUAGACAAAGUACAGAAAAAUGAUGGACUAUACAGGAUAAAACUUUUGCUCUUUCUAUGUACAAAAGAUGUCCUAGGUUGUACAGAUAUUUAUCAAAUUAUUUCCAGUUGCCUCUAGUUUCAACACUGGAAGAAAUGUGGAAUCAAAAUUUUCUUUUGUUUAUUAUAGAUGGCUGAUUUAUUUUAAAAUUUUUUUGAUUUAUGUUCAUAAAGAGAAUAUUUAUUUUUGUUUUUCAAAAUGUUUAUACUGGGUGGCCCAUGAAUUUGAGUUGAGUAGUGGGAGUGGGAGGAGCGGGAGCUGGUUGUUUUGUAGGUUAGAGAAUCGUGUCUUAGUAGCAAUGGCGCAGUGGACCGUGGCGCAUCGCGUUUUCGCUGUUGAAUAUUUGUUCAAAAGUAAUGAACCCGUUAUUACUGUUGAACGGCUUUUCAGUACAAAGUGCAAUGUUCCACGAAAUGGUUCAAUAUCUGAUCUCAACACGAUACUUCGUUAGGUUGCCUCUUUUUGCACAACUGGACCAGUUAUAAAGUAGAAGUCGUCUGGUGAUUUCACGUUUCCCAAGCAGCACAGUGUCGUUACUAUGACGUCAAUUAUAGGCCAUUGGCGACCAAUGGGGACGUCUAAAAUGACGUGAUUAUGACGGGUUAAUGUCACAUCCUACAGACGUCAACUAAUGACGUACCUAGUCCGGCUGGUGAGACGUCAAAAUGACGUACUUAUUUUUGACAAAUGACGUAUAAGUAGGAUCAAAAAUAUAAAAAAAUGCGUUCAAAUUAAUACCAGUUUAUUACAAAAUCUUAAAAAACUACAUACUAUUACACUUAUAGAACAUAAAAGUUGAAAUAAGGAAUUACUAAUGAUGCAAUAAUGAAAAUGACAACCAUUCCUGCUUGAAAGGAAAAACAAUACAUUUCGAAAAAACUUUGUGGCAGUGCAAUAACUCGAUAUACUCUGAUAAAUUUUGGAUGCGAUAAACAUAGAAUUCUUUUGAGUCGACAGGGUAUUUGUAAAAUGAACGGUAAUCCUGAAACCUCCUACCUAAUAUAAAAACUGCUCCAUUAUUAUCCACUACUAUAUUUUCUAUUUUGAAAACCAGUCCUUCUAAGGUAAGACAAAAACAA